AUGAGGAGCGAUGCCUCCCCCGCCGGGUUCCCCCCGUCCACGUCACGCCGCCUACCGUGCACCGGGACCCCCCAAACCCUCGCGUUUGCCCACUCGCCGUCGGAGACGCCCCCGCACCGACGCGAACCCGGCCCUCUUCGCAACCCCGGAUGGGAGACGCGCAUCGCGACGGGCACCCUGUGGUCGUUCGCGACGGGCCUCGCCGGCGGCGCCGCGUACUGCGUCUACCACGAGAGCCUCGACUUCUCGCACAACAUCGCCGCGAUCGCGGGUAACGUCACCAUCGCCGGCGUCGCUUUCCUCUCCGCGAAGGAGCUCACGAGGCUCGUGCGACAGACGGACGACUGGGUGAACUCCGCCACCGCGGGCGCCUUGGUGGGCUCGCAGCUGGCGGUCAUGCAGCGCGGUCCGAGGUACUCCGCGGCGGGCGCGGCGCUGUGCGGGGGCGUCGCGGGCGCGAUCCACUACGCGUGGGAAUCCGACAAGGGAUCCGACUCGCUGUGGCGCGCGCUGGGCUUCCGCGCGGUGAUCGACCCGCGAACGGGUCAGGCGACGGACGAUUGGGUGACGCCGAGGUGGUUCCCCGUCAGGAGACUCACCGACGCCGAGGCGGAGACGAACGAGAUCAACUUCCAGAUGAGGGUGCAGUCGGUGCUCGACGGCAGGCUCAGCGAGGAGGAGGCGGCGGGGGUGCGAGAGGAGUACCGCCGGCGCCGGCGCGCGGAGGGCGGCGCGCGGGCCGCACAGCUGCGCGGCGAGCUCGACGGGAGAGGUGAAAGUCCAGAUCAUCCGGCGUCGGCGGCGAACGAGGACGGCGGGCGCGCGCGGCGUUGGCGGUGGUGGCGGCGGUCGUCGUCGUCGUCGUCGUCGUCUUCGUGA